CAGCUGAGCCGAUCGUCAUUCGUCAGCUAUGCGCCAAGAGUUGACAACACAGCACGAGUUUCACCUUGUUGUGAACCCAGCUGGACGCGGACGUAUCGGCAGCAGCGACACCGGCCUGAGAUGCCAAAAUAUUGUUCGGUCCCGAACUGUAAGAAUGACGGCGGCAGCGGCGGCGACAGGAAAAGCUUCUACAAGUUCCCUCUGCAGGACGCUGACCAGCUGCAGCGGUGGCUGAGGAACAUGAGACGUGAGAACUGGACUCCCUCUCGACACCAGUAUAUCUGCCACGAACAUUUUGCACCUUCGUGCUUCAAGGUGCGAUGGGGCAUCCGUUACCUCGAGGGCGAUGCUGUGCCCACAAUCUUCCCGGAGGCCGAGAAACGGAAAGCUACAGAUCAUGGCGAGAAGAAGCCAAAACGGCUUCGAGGUGACAGCAGUGAAAGCGUGACGGUGUCGGAUAACAGGUUGGUGGCUGCUGAUGGCGUGGAGACGGAAAGCUCGUUGCAGAUGGUGCACCUGUAUGAGAUCGCCGUCGAGCCGCCGCAGCAGGCAGAAAACAGCCUGCUGGAGUCGAGUGGUGUUGGAGAAUCCGAUUAUUGUCUCCAGACAGACCUGAACCCGCUGGCACCAGUGGACGGAUUUAAAGCGGGUGCUAAUUUCCCAUUAACUUUAUUCCAGACAGUGAAUGAUCUAAGUAACGGUGGAGAGAACGCAGAGGUGGUCGUGAUGUCUGAAUGCCCUGCUGGUGAAGGGCCACAGGAGCUUGUGAACGGAAUCACUGCAGCCAUUUUAAGUCAGGGCCACAGGCUGGUCAUCGAUGGCUGCCCGGCAGGCGGUGCAGAUGAGGCCGUGGCCUCUCUUUGUGUUGAAGAAGUGACUUGUGCCACAGAGGAGUUCUCAAACGACGGCCACGAAACUCAAGUCAUUGCCUACUUCGAGACGAUACCGAACGUUUUCCCCAGUGAAACCUCUGCCCAGUUCGCCUUCUCUCCGGAUACGGUGCUGUCGUCCGCUCUGAGCUCCAAACCCAUCACAUCCACUCUUCCAAUAGUGUCCAAACAUGUGCCGCCUUCCCCCACGUCCCUGGUCCUCACCGUGGAAAGACUGGACACAGAUGAGGGCGAGGGAGACGACGGCCAAUCAGAGGAGGACAGCAUUGAGUGCCAGGAUCAGCAGCUAGAGGAGCACUGCUACCACAAGAACAGCUUGAGCAAGGAGCAGCUGGAGGCGAUCGUGGUGGAGUUGCAGAAGAAGGUGAAAGUGCUGCAGCAGCGACACCGCCGACACCUGGAGAAGCUCCUGGGCCUGGAGAACACCGUCAGCCAGCUGAGGCAAAGCAACCUGCUGAAUGAAGAGCGACUGCAGCUGCUCGAGAGGGCCUAUGUACAGACCAGCGCAGCAGUGUCAGAUGCUGGCGAGACUGUGGCCAUCAUCUACGAAGAGGACGAUGCCGCGUUCUUGUACACUACACUGAACAACCCGGACGAAAAGCCGUGAGGCCCGACUGACUGUGGACGUCUCAUCCGUGUGUCCGUUUGUUAUGCUACUGAGAACAAAAUUCAGCCUAAGCCUAAGCCUUUAGUUUUCCUUCAGCAAAAUGAGAUGUGUGUAUGAAAAGUGCCGGGGCGUUAGAUCUGUGGUGAGCUUUGCACAAAUAUGGAUGUAUAAUACGGGACAACACUGAAUGUGUGUGGGUUUUUUGGUUUCUUUUUUUAUCGGUUUUCACUCUCUACCCUUCAUCCCUUCUUUCCCUCAACUGCUUUUGGUUUGAUUUAUAAAGUAUUUUUGUUAUUGAUAAUGUACAUAUCAAAUUAAAAACAGCUUCCAUUUA